CUCAUUCUAAUUCUAAAACCUUAAUUCUCAGACACUUCCUCUCAGCCAAAACAAAAAUGAAGAAAUUCUCAGACACUCCCAAACCAAACCCUAGAAAUCCCAAUACGACAAUGGCUCGGAAAAGAGCACGGAAGACAAAGGAGUACCGGAACUGGCUGGAUCUCCCUAAAGAUGUGACGGUGUCGAUUCUCCAGAGGCUGGGCGCAAUCGAUAUCUUGGAGAGCGCCCAAAAGGUGUGCAUGCUGUGGCGCAAUAUCUGCAAAGACCCUUCCAUGUGGCGUGCGAUCGAUAUGCAGAAUCUCGGUGAUCUCCACAACAUGCCCUACGACCUCGAGAAAAUGUGCAUUCACGCCAUCGAUCGCAGUUGCGGCCAGUUGCGAGAUAUCAACAUCGAGUACUUUGGCACCGACGAACUCCUCAUCUACAUCACCCAAAGUACAAGUCAGCUUAGAUGCCUUCGUCUUGUAUGUUGCUAUUACAUUACGGAUAAGAAAUUGAGUGAAUUGGCUGCAAAACUUCCAUUAUUGGAGGAGCUGGACAUGACAAUUUCUUCACUGUCAGAAGAACCUUUGGAAGCUUUGGGGCGCUGUUGUCCUCUUUUAAAAUCAUUAAAAUGGAACCAGCUUUGGGAUGGACGCCCUCACAUUCGCAUAGAGGGUGAUGAAGAGUUUGAUGAUGACGGUGUGGCUCUUGCUAUUGCAAAGAACAUGCCCGAAUUGCGCCACCUCCAGCUUAUUGGAAAUAAGGUGACGAAUGAUGGCUUGCAGGCCAUACUUGAUGGUUGUCCUCACCUUGAGUCACUUGACAUAAGGAAAUGUUUCAAUGUCACUCUCUCAAGAAAUUUGGGAAAAAGAUGUGCUGAACGGAUUAAAAUCUUGCGGCAUCCCAGUGAUUCCACUCAUGACUAUGGAUUCAUGGCAGAAAUUUCUGAUUAAGGAUCUUUUUGAUGAAGAUGACUUAGGAGAUUUUUAUUUUGACUACUAGUUCUUUAGUAUUAUUAUUUUUUAUGAAUCUGAAAUUUUAAUCUAUAGUUUCUAAUCAACCAACAUAACCUAUCCAUGCGAAUGCCAUCCAGCAUGUCUCAUGACUUUUGAAAGGGGGAUAAAUAGAGUGAAAAAAAAAAGUGUAUAACCUCCUAGUUGGAUUUAUUUUAGAAAAGAUUUUGGAUCCA